CGAGGAGGCUGCAUCCCGGCGGUCGCAGAGGAGCUGGUUUAAUUACUUCAAGCCUCCAGGAUGGCCAUCCAAUUCCGUUCACUUUUCCCCUUGGCAUUGCCUGGAAUGCUGGCACUCCUUGGCUGGUGGUGGUUUUUCUCUCGUAAAAAAGAACAUGUCAGCAGCCAUGACAAACAAGUGGAGGCCAGCACUGUGGAGCUCAGAGCCAAGCCUGCCACCAUGGAACCAGAUGCCAUGGAAGAGACCUGUCCUGGAGUAGUGUCCAUGCCCGCCAGCAUCAAGCAGCCACCAGAAAAGGAGCUGUCCACUGUGAGCAAGCCUUCUGUGGAGCCCCCAGUCUUGCUGCGGGCACAGCCAACCUUUCGCAGAUCAGAAUCCUCGGGCAGCCUUCCUAACAGCAUGGACACGAGAUUUCGACCAGGAGCACGUAAAGAUGACAGUGCAAAGGUGGAACUAGCGCUGACAGGUGAUGAAGCCAGGUCUGUUCCUCCAGAGUGUCCCCUUGCAUCCCAAAAGGGUGUUCCGUUCCCCCAUGAAGCGGUUGAGGUAUGUAAACGAGAGUCCAUAUUGAACAGGAUGCCUGGCCAGGGCCAGCAAGGCCAGUCUUCAACCCCCACAGAGAAGCACGGUCCUGGGGAGAAGGCACGAGAGACAGGUGGGGCUGAAGGUAUUGGCGACGCAGUUCCAGGAGAAAAUGUGAUGGAAGAAGGUGUACUGUCCCAGCAGCAUGGCUCUGAAUUGCAGAACAGCAAGGUACCCAGCCCUGCUCCCUUGGGAGGAAAGGGAGAGAAAGAGAAAAGCAGCCCUCCCCAGAUGGAAGAGCACAGAGUAGAGAAGUUGAGCAGCUUCAUCGAGUUGGCUCAUGUAGAGCUGGUGAAGGAUGAUAAAACUUUGGCUUCCCAGGCCACAGGGGACGAAGUCAGGGAUGGAGAUGUCACAGGAGAAGUGGGCAAAGAAGAGACCGGGGAUAAAAACGCGAAGAUUGAGCAGGCUGCUUUGCAGAUAAUCUCUAAAGUGAUCUUGGAAGCAACCGAGGAAGUACUGGCCACCACAAUGGGGAAGAUUGCAGGUAGAAUGUGUCAAGUAUCAGCAGGUCGGUUCCAAGGGCAAGAGGAGGAGAGCUGUGCCCCAGUCAGCCAGAAAACUGCCGUGGGGCAAGGUGCCACGGAGCCCACUCCAGCCACAGUGGAAGCGACCGUGGGCCCAUCAGAUGCUCCCCUCCCCCCCGUAGGCCUGCCUGCGGAGGACCUGCCACCACCAAAGACCUACGUGAGCUGCCUGACCAGCCCUCUGUCCAGCCCCACGAAGGACAGAAAGCCAAAGAACUCUGUGCGCCACAUCUCCCUGGCCGCCUGCUCUUCACCAGCCACUCCCCUCGGAGAGUCGCUCACUGAGGCCAGUGUCCUGGUGGAAGAUGCCGGCUGUGUUCCCUGUAUGUCCAACAGCAGCCAGGCUGCCCCUUCAGUGUCCUCCUCUGGGCAGUGCUCAGACUCCAUCAGCACUUCAGGGCUCGAAGACUCUUGUGCAGAGACCAACUCCAGCCCUAGGGACAAGGCCAGCACUCCACCACUUCCAGAAAGUACUGUGCUCUUCAGCAAUGGGGUGCUGAAGGAGGAGUUGUCAGACUUGGGGACUGAGGAUGGAUGGACCUUGGAUGCGGAAGCAGAUCAUUCGGGAGGUUCAGACGGGAACAGCAUGGAUUCAGUGGAUGGCUGCUGUGGCCCCAGGAAAACUGACAGUUUCCAGAAUGCCCAGGCAGGUGCCAAUCCUAAGAAGGUUGACCUCAUCAUCUGGGAGAUUGAGGUACCGAAGCACCUAGUUGGUCGGCUCAUUGGCAAACAGGGGCGGUAUGUGAGUUUUCUGAAGCAAACAUCUGGUGCCAAGAUCUACAUCUCAACCCUGCCUUAUACCCAGAACAUCCAGAUCUGCCACAUAGAAGGCUCUCAGCAUCAUGUAGACAAAGCGCUGAACUUGAUUGGGAAGAAGUUCAAGGAACUGAACCUCACCAAUAUCUACGCCCCUCCACUGCCUUCACUGGCAUUGCCUUCUCUUCCGAUGACUUCCUGGCUCAUGCUCCCCGAUGGCAUCACUGUGGAGGUGAUUGUGGUGAAUCAGGUCAACGCCGGGCACCUGUUUGUGCAGCAGCACACACAUCCUACCUUCCAUGCGCUGCGCAGCCUGGACCAGCAGAUGUACCUCUGCUACUCUCAGCCAGGAAUCCCCACCUUGCCUACCCCAGUGGAAAUCACUGUCAUCUGUGCGGCUCCCGGCGUGGACGGUGCCUGGUGGAGAGCUCAAGUGGUAGCCUCCUAUGAGGAGACUAAUGAAGUGGAGAUUCGCUACGUGGACUACGGUGGAUAUAAGAGAGUGAAAGUCGACGUGCUCCGGCAAAUCCGGUCUGAUUUUGUGACCCUGCCAUUCCAGGGAGCAGAAGUCCUUCUGGACAGCGUGAUGCCCCUGUCAGAUGACGACCACUUUUCACCUGAAGCGGAUGCAGCUAUGAGUGAGAUGACAGGCAACACAGCAUUGCUGGCUCAGGUGACAAAUUACAGCCCAACUGGCCUUCCUCUGAUUCAGCUAUGGAGUGUGGUUGGAGAUGAAGUGGUGUUGAUAAACCGGUCGCUGGUGGAGAGAGGACUUGCUCAGUGGGUAGACAGCUACUACGCAAGCCUUUGACACUCCCCCUUCCCCACAGCCACUUCUUGAGUCUUUUUUUGCACUGUUGAAAUUGGGCUUGGCACACAAGGCAAAGACUUUACAACAGAAUAACAAACAUUGUCCUCCCCAGAAACUCCUGAUUUUAUAUACAUAUGGUAGUCCGGUUGAAAAGGUAUCUCUGAGAUGAGGAAGGAACUGUGAGUUUUGUAAAGUUGUAGGAUGGUGUUUAACAAGUGAUGGGUUAAACUGGUUUCCAAGAGGGUUAAAAAAACAAAGGAAAUAGUGGAAGAAAACUGUGUAGACAGGUUUUCCAUUCCUCCCCACCCCUAUGCAUUCUUCCUUUUCCCCCUUCCUCCCCACCAAAACCAAACCAACUGUAGCUGACAGGCCAUGGGAUUUGUUGCUUGCUUCAGAGUGUUCUUUUACUUCAAAAUCUUCAGGGAGCAAGACAUAAUUUCACUAAUGGGUAUUGAUGAUUUGUACAGCUUACAUAAAUGAAUUGAUGAUAUUUAAGCAGUUUUUAUAAACUUCAUCUAGGUCUCUAAGAAGGAAGACUUUUUAAUCACACCUCUGGUCUUGGUCAGUGGGGGAGGGGAACGGUUCUCUUGCCAAGCCUGGUUGUAAUUUGUAAUCAUUUUCUAUUUGUGCAAAUUCUGUAAAUAUGUUUAAAAAUGUAAUAUUUU